AUGCUAAGAGCUUUCUAUAAAACAUUUAGGACGUAUAGAAGCUUGCACAGAAUCGUACAGCCAAAAAUAGCCAUCAAACAUUUAUCUAGGGCUGUAAAGGUGAGCUUAUCAACAGAAAUAUACAGUUUAGUUAAAGAUAAUAAGGAAGAAAUAGAGGAGAUACUUCUGCAAGCGCAAUUACAAGGAAAAGAAGCUUACAUAGAGCUUGUAAACGUUCUUAAAACCUUUAUUUUGGAAAACUGUAAGGAAUAUCAAAAAUGCGUAAAACAACAGAUUGAAAUAACUGAACAGGCAAACAUUUUGGGGCCUUUAAGCCAAAAGUGGGGCGAAUUGCCCGAAUAUAGAACGCUAGCCAAAGAUUUAAGCUACGAGCUGUCAAUUUAUGUUACCUUGUUUAGGUCUAUCGGGAAUAUUAUUAAGGACAACAAAGAGUUGAGGGAAGUUGUUUUUAAGGUUUACAAGGAUUUUGAGAGGAUUUUGGACAAGGAGUUGGAUAUUAACAAGAAGUUAGAUGGAGAGUUGUUGAACUUAAAUUGUGAUAGCAUUUUAAAAGAUUCUUUGGGUUUCUGUGACCAUGAGUUCCCAGAAAGGGAAUACAGGGAGGACUAG